AUGGUAGACAGUUUAAUAGUUUCUUUGAGACUUCUCAGUUCUCUAGCAGUGCUGGGAUUUCAGUUUGUCAUCCCACAGCCUUCAAUUGAACACAGAAAGGUUCCGCAGAGGAUAGAAGAGCAAGGCGAUGCGCCCGAGGACAGCGGUGCCGGCGUGCCGGGGCUGUGGGGCAGCUGGGGCCCCUGGUCCGCCUGCUCGCGGAGCUGCAGCGGGGGGGUGAUGGAGCAGACGCGGCCCUGCCUCCCGGCCUAUUACCGGGAGCGCGGCUACCGCCGGCCGGGCCGCCACUUCCCGGCCUCGGACCGGGCUCUGCCCCACCAGAGCGCCCACUACGAGGACCCGCUGUCUGCCUACCCCGGCCACGUCGUCUCUGCCAUCCGCACGUCCGUGCCGCUGCACAGGAACGAGGAGCAGCCGUGGGCCGGGCCGCGGAACAGCAGCCAGGGCGGGCGGGCGGCGCUGCGGGGCAGCCGGCACUCGCAGGGCCCGCGGCACGGCGCCAAGCCGGACAGGAGAAGCAGAAGCAGAAAUCCUAUUGGUCCAGGAAAGUACGGAUAUGGAAAGGUGCCCUACAUUUUACCUUUACAAACCGAUACUGGUCAGCAGCCGCAGAAGCUGCGGCGGCAGCGACAGUCAUCAAGGAGCCACCUUUUCCACCAGAGCCCGAGCCUCAUGAAGCCCUACAGCCAGGCAGCUGCUCCUUCCCUGCAGCACGGCAGUCUUUACCAAGAGCCGGCUGGGCCUCCGGCAGGACACCAAGGCCUGGGGCCCUCGGUUUAUCAGUCACCUUCAUUCCCUGUGUCUCAGAGCCUGUUCCAUGGCGGUGACUCCAGCCCUCAGGCCCUGCAGGGGCAGCCCCAGCCCCAGAGGGCUGCAGCCAUCGUGUGCAUUGGUGCCUACAAGCAAUAUAAACUCUGCAACACGAAUAUGUGUCCUGAAAGCAGCAGGAAUAUUAGAGAGGUACAGUGUGCAUCAUACAAUAACAAGCCAUUUAUGGGUCGAUUUUAUGAGUGGGAACCUUUUGCAGAAGUGAAGGGCAGUCAGAAGUGUGAGCUGAACUGCCGGGCCAUCGGCUACCGCUUCUACGUGCGCCAGGCGGAGACGGUGAUCGAUGGCACCCCCUGCGACCCCAACGGGACAGCCAUCUGUGUGGCAGGGCAGUGCAAGAGCAUUGGCUGUGACGACUAUCUGGGUUCUGACAAGGUGAUUGACAAGUGUGGAAUAUGUGGAGGGGACAACACUGCUUGCAAGGUUGUGUCUGGAGUUUUCAAACACACGCUAACAAAUCUUGGCUACCACAAGAUAGUGGAAAUUCCUGAAGGAGCUACUAAAAUCAACAUUACUGAGAUGUCAAAGAGCAACAACUAUUUGGCGCUGCGGAGCCGCUCAGGACGCUCCAUCAUCAAUGGCAACUGGGCCAUCGAUCGCCCGGGCAGGUACGAAGGUGGUGGGACAAUGUUCACUUACAGACGCCCCAAUGAGAUCUCCAGCACCGCAGGGGAGUCAUUUUUAGCUGAUGGGCCAACAAAUGAAGUCCUUGAUGUCUAUAUGAUACAUCAGCAGCCUAACCCGGGUAUACAUUAUGAAUAUAUCAUUCCAGGAGACAAUGUCAUUAGUCCUCAGUUGCUUGCUCACAGGAGGCCAGGGGAGCCAUUUAAUGGUCAGUUAGGAAUGCCAGAAAGUACAAGUCAUGAGGAUGAGGAUUUGCAUAGAGAGACAGACAUUCUCACUGGACAGUCAGCUGGAACUUUUCCAGUUAUUCAGCCAGGAAGAUUUCCUUCUCAUCAGCCAGAAAACCAGGUGCCUGCUAUGCAACCAACAAGACAAAACAGGGAAUACAACUGGAAACAGGUUGGAAAAACUGAGUGCACUACUACAUGUGGGAAAGGAUCACAGUACCCAAUUUUUCACUGCGUCAACAGAAUCACUCACGAGGAGGUACCCGAGGGUUACUGUGACAGCAGCACCAAACCCAUUCCAGAAGAGGAGGCCUGCAACCUCUUCCCAUGCCCUGCUUUCUGGGAUAUAGGGGAGUGGUCUGAGUGCAGCAAAACCUGUGGGCUGGGAAUGCAGCACCGGCAGAUCCUGUGCCGGCAGAUCUACGCCAACCGCACGCUGACAGUGCAGCAGUACCGCUGCCAGCACCUGGAGAAGCCUGACACAACCAGCACCUGCCAGCUCAAGAUCUGCAGUGAGUGGCAGAUCAGGACAGAGUGGACCUCGUGUUCAGUGCCUUGUGGAGUGGGGCAGAGGACUCGAGAUGUGAAGUGUGUCAGCAACCUUGGGGACGUUGUUGAUGAUGAGGAAUGUAACAUGAAGCUGCGGCCAAAUGACAUCGAGAACUGCGACAUGGGCCCCUGUGCCAAGAGCUGGUUCCUUACAGAAUGGAGUGACAGGUGCUCGGCCGAGUGCGGGGACGGCAUCCGCACGCGCUCCGUGGUGUGCAUGACCAACCACGUCAGCAGCUUGCCUCUGGAAGGCUGUGGCAACAACAGACCCAAGGAAACAACUCCCUGUAGUAAUGGGCCCUGUGCUGGGAAAGUGGACUGGUUUGCUGGGGGCUGGACACAGUGUUCUACUGAAUGUGGUAGUGGAACUCAGCAGAGAGAAGUAAUUUGUGUUAGGAAAACUGAAGAUAAUUUUGAUGUUUUGAACUCCUAUGAAUGUUCAUAUUUGGAAAAACCUCCCAGCCAGCAAUCCUGCUACCUCAAACCAUGUGGAUCUAAGUGGUUUCAUACAGAAUGGAGCACAUGUUCCAAGUCCUGUGAAGGAGGAUUUCGGGUUCGGGAGGUGCGAUGUCUGUCGGAUGACAUGACAGCCAGUACUCAGUGUGAUCCACAGCUCAAACCUGAGGAGAAAGAACUGUGUAAUACACACGAUUGUGUCCCUGAAAUAGAUGAGAACUGCAAGGACAAAUACUACAACUGCAACGUGGUGGUUCAGGCCCGGCUCUGUGUGUACACCUAUUACAAAACAGCCUGCUGUGCCUCCUGUACCCGUGUGGCAAACAGACAGCCAGGCUUACUGGGGCACAGAUAA